AUCUGUAUGGUAAUGCUCUGUAAUGCUGUAGUUGUUUACGCUUCCUUUUGUUUUUGAUCGGGCCAUUUGCCAUCAGAAGUUCCGAUAAAGCCAUAUGGUGAUAGAAAGUUGUGCAUGCAAAAAUUUCUUGAUCUGAUGGGAAAGUGAAAUUUCCAGGAAAAGAGUCAUCUGAGGUGCUGACCUGGCCUAAUCGGAUGAAGGUUGCAAUAGGAGCUGCGAGAGGUUUGAGAUAUCUUCAUGAAGAUUGUCGAGUCGGAUGCAUUAUACAUAGAGACUUCAGGCCCAACAACAUCCUCCUCACCCAUGACUUUGAACCCAUGGUCGGUGAUUUUGGCCUAGCAAGGUGGCAAGCAGAUGGCCAGGCAGCUGAGGAGACACGGGUUGUUGGUGCAUUUGGGUACUUGGCUCCAGAGUAUACUCAGACUGGGCUUAUAACAGAGAAAGCUGAUGUAUACGCAUAUGGAAUAGUUCUUUUGGAGUUACUAAGUGGCUUUAAGGCCACCGAUUUCUCAAGAAGUACAGGAAAACAAUUUGUGUCUGAUUGGGGCCUUCCUUUGCUGAAAAGGGGGAUGAUUAAUGGGAUAAUAGACCCUCAAUUGUUGGACAAGUACGUAAAAUGGGAAGUAAAUGCCAUGAUGCAUGCUGCAGAAUUGUGCCUCUCGCCACUGCCAGAACAAAGACCAAGGAUGUCGCAGGUGUUGAAAAUACUGGACGGAGAUUUCCCUGGUAUUGCCUCUGCUUUUGCGCAGCAUAUUUCCGACAACCAAAGUGAAAACUUAGACAGCCAAAACACCUCUUGGGUGAUGCAUCAUAAUGUGAACGAAAAUCCUUCCAGACUAAGUGAAUAAAAACGAAAUGGCCAAGAUACUACAUGCGAGCCAGCAUUGCUUUCGGAUGGUUGUGGAGCAGAAAGAAGUUCUCGUGCUUCAAAUAGUUCAGAGAGGCUCUUAAGUGAAGAAUACCAGGCAUAUUUACAGGGUUCAUUGGCCAAAUUUAUACAGAAUAUGAGGGUACAUUGAUAGUUACAUAAGUAGCUAAACAAGUGAUUAUGUUAGAUGAAUCAGUGUUGUAAAUUUUUUGUGAACGGUAUAGUUAACACAUAGGAUGCCAAUCACUAACUGAGAGGGUUAUGCAGAAGCAUCUUCUGACUGGGCAUAUAUUGGUUUUCACCACACAAGACUCAUUCAAUUUUUAUUUAUGCAGUGAUGAGUUUCUACUUUCCCCAUAAACUUCGGAUUUCAUAAGAUUCUUGUGUGAGCAUGGAAAUCCAACUAGAAUGGGAGGUAUAUAACAUUCCUGCCAAGUGUAAUG